GAGCUGGGAGCCUGAGAGAGGGAAGGAGGCAGUGUGAUAGAGCUGAGAGAAGGAGGGAGGCAGUUUGAUAGAGCUGAGAGACUGGGAGAGGGAGGGAGGCAGUGUGGUCCAUAAGAGAUGGAAUGUUUUUUGAACAAAGAGAGGGAGAGUGAGUGUAUCUCAUUAUUGUUUCUGUGGCAGGAUCGGGGAUGGACUCUGAUGACGACCCCUUGUUGCUGCAAUCUGAUUGGCUGGAGGAAGAGCAAGAGGAGGAGGAGGAGGAGGAAGUUCCAGACCAGAGUUCCAGGGGCUGCCUACACCGGGGACAAGACUGUGGACUGUGGAGUGCAGUGGGCUGGGUCUUCACAAACCCAUGGCUGUCCUCUCUGGUCCUGGCUGUUGGCUGCCUGCUGCCAUGUGCUGUCACAGCCCUCAUGUUCUUGUAUUACCCUCCCCUGGAUAUCGACCUCAACUACAAUGCGUUCGAGGUGCACGGCCACGCCUCGUUCGAGCACUUCAACACCCUCACGCUCGCCCUCAAAUCCCAGCUCGCAUCCUGGGGCCGCAGCAGGCAGGAUGCAGACGACUAUGCCACCCAGACAGUGCAGGACCUCCUGCAGCAGCACAUCCAGAGGCAGGGUCAGGGAGGAGCGGCGCCAGAGGGGAGUGUAACAGGAGCCACUCAGGAACACCAGGCAGCCCCACAGCAAGAGAAUGGGGCCCCAUCAUGGGGGGUGCCGACCCCACAGAGGGUUAAGAGGACCUCACUGGGGGACAGUGAGCCACAAUGCCUCUUACAACCAGCCCAGUGCAGGAGAGAGGCAGGGCGGGGGGGUGGCGCGGACACUCAGAGUCACGCCCACUGGAGCAUGGAGCUCAUCUUCAUGGCUCAGGGAGACGGGGACCCCAACAUAUUCACCGCUGAGAGACUGCGUACCAUCCACAGUGUGGAGCGCAGUGUGAUGGAGCACCCCCACUUCAGAAAGUUCUGCUGGAAACCCCAUGAGGUGCUGCGAUACCUGCCCCUGGGCUCUUUCGCUUACUGCUCCCCCCCCAACUCCCUGCUCUCUUACCUCUUCCCUACAGAGCGGGGGGGGGGCAAGAUCUACUACGAUGGCAUGGGCCACGAGCUCGCGGACAUUCAGGGCACCCUGCAGCUGGCGAUCACGCACCCUGAGUUUUACUGGUACGUAGACGAGGGCCUGACUGCUGGGAACAUGCGCAGCUCCCUCCUGCGCAGCGAGAUCCUGUUCGGAGCACCGCUGCCCUCCUUCCUGUCGCUGGCGGACCGCGGAGAGGAGCAGAGGUGCCUGUUCCAGAGCUUUGUUAUCUCCUAUGCAGACAUGCUGGCCCAACAGUCCACCAGUAAGGUGAAGGUGCUGUACGGAGGCACUGAGCUGUUUGAUUACGAGGUCAGACGCACCUUCCACAAUGACAUGCUGCCGGCCUUCAUCAGCGGUGCCUGCAUCGCGCUGCUCGUCUACAUCCUCACAUCCUUCUCAGUUUUCCUCUCGUUCUUUGGGAUUGCCAGUAUUGGGCUGAGCUGCCUGGUGGCUCUGUUUCUGUACCACGUGGUUUUCGGGGUUCGGUACCUGGGCAUCCUCAAUGGAGUGUCUGCCUUUGUCAUCAUCGGCAUUGGGGUCGACGAUGUGUUUGUCUUCAUCAACACAUUCCGGCAGGCAGUUCACCUGAGGGACCCGCGAGACAGAAUGAUCCACACCGUCCAGACCGCCGGCAAAGUCACCUUCUUCACCACAGCAGCAGCGUACGCAGCCAGCACCUUCUCACAGAUCCCUGCAGUCCAUGAUUUUGGUCUCUUCAUGUCCCUCAUUGUGAGCUGUUGCUGGGUCUCUGUUCUGUUCAUGAUGCCGGCAGCACUGUGUGUGUGGAGCCAUUGGGUGGAGCCCCUGGAGAGUGCAUGCCAGCACAGCUGCCCGGCCCAGUGUGUGAGGAAGAAGAGUCCAGAGCUGUGCCUGUCCCAGGGUCAAGUGAGGUCUCAGCUACCAAUCAACCUUCACCCCUCCAUGCACGACCACAGCCACAUGCAGACUAGCCCCGCCCAGCGUCCGCAAGACCACGCCCAUCUGCCCUACCUGGAUGAUGACAUCCCCCUGCUGUCUGUGGAGGAGGAGCCAGGUGCACUGCCCUGUGUUUUGUUUUUUGGCUCAGCUGUACCCCGCUCCCUGACCUCAGGGUUUAACCCCUGCGUGAACAAUGUCUGUGGCCAGCCUGCAGUGCGUCCCCUGGUGGACACAGGAGUCAUGGUGUUUGUGGUGUUCGGGAUCCUGGGGCUGAACAGAACUGAGAAUCACGUCAUUGGAGACAUGGGCAAUGUGAUCUACGAUGAGAACUUUGACCUUUUCAAGGAGAUCGGCAGCCUGUGCAAGCUGUGCAAGGUCAUCGGAAACAACGCGGUGCUGGUGAAGCCAGGAGGAGCCCAGUGUCUGCCGACCGGGUACAGCAUCUCCUCUUUCUUGAAUCAGCUGCACCCUGAGUGCCAGGGACUGCCUGAGCCCAACCUGCUGCCAGGCCAGCUCUCUCUACAAGAUGGGCGGGUGCGUUGGGUGUCCAUGGCAUUCGAGUCUACCACAUACAAGGGGAAGUCUUCCUUCCAGACCCACUCGCUCCCACAAAUCUCUUCUCUCCAGCACGGCUUCCAGACCUGCGAGCACUGGAAACAGAUCUUCAUGGAGAUCUUGGCGGUGCAAAGUGUGCUGUGCAGCCUCCUCCUGUCCCUGGUGAUCUGUGUGGCAGCCGUUGUGUUUUUCACAGCUCACAUGCUCCUGUUGCUGCCUGUCCUCCUCAGCAUCCUGGGUGAGCUCUGCCUAGUGGUCGCCAUGAUGUACUGUGCUGGCUGGGAGAUGGGUGCGGUGGAGGCGAUCUCUCUGUCCAUUCUGGUUGGUUUCUCUGUUGAUUACUGCGUUCACCUGGUGGAGGGUUUCCUGCUGGCCGAGGAGAGCCCCCCCUCCCCCUCACAUCCAGGUACGGACGAGAGUGCUUUCCGGCAGUGGCGGACGCUGGCGGCUGUCAAUCAGGUUGGCGUGGCGAUCGUCUCCAGCGCAGUCACUACCAUCAUAGCGACCGUGCCGCUGUUCUUCUGCAUUAUUGCUCCCUUCACCAAGUUCGGCAAGAUCAUUGCUCUCAACAUGGGCAUCUCCGUCCUCUACACCUUGACUGUCUGCACGGCUCUGCUCAGCACUUUGGGCCCCGUGCACUUCAGUCGAACCCGUGCUGCUGUGCUGAAGGCUGGCUCGGCUGUGCUGGUCACUGCAGGCACUGGGCUGGCUGUUGGGUGGACACUGGGAAAACUGGGAGUCAAGAUCCCAUUCCCUACCGCUGCCGAUGGGUAG